UUUAAUUGAUUUGAUUUUAAUAUUAGUGCCAUGCGUUUAUUGUAAGAAAUAUUAUAAUUAAUAUUAGUGCCGUGCGUUUACUGUAUAUAAGUUUUGUCGGAUUGAACUUUACAUUUUCUGAUUAUAUUCAUUGAGGUCCCUGUGUACUAAAAGUGAGGGAAACUUAUCUUACAUGUGAUUAAACCAAUCGCUAAAUUUAUAUACUUACAGUAAUUUUUAUCGAAGAAAAACAUGCUUGAAAUGUGUUAUCAUUGUAAUUUAUAAACAUAUUGCUGCUCCAUUUUUGUCUUUUUUCCAUUAACUUUAUGGAUUCAGAAAUCCGUAUCAAUUGUAAUUAAUCACAUUCUGAUCUGUUAUGACUAAAUCAAGAAAAAGAAUGCAAAAACGUUAAUAAGACGGCAUUAAAUAAAAACGAAUCUCUUGAAAUCAUCGUAUUAAAUAGGUAGAUUAAUCGACUUCCUUAGCCGGCUUUGUCACUUUUCUUAAGGUUCAAUUCAGAUCAUUGCAACCGUUGUUUUAUUAUUUUUCGUAUCAUCACAUGAUCAUUGAUCCAUGGACGGUGACGACGAUGGUCAUCCUUUCCGUGAAAACGUUGUUGUCUUACUCAUUGCCAUGGGUUCAGCAGCAUUUGUUGUCUCAACUUACCAUCUCAUAGCUAUUUGGUGUUGCAACCAGCGCCUCACAGACGACCAAAACUCAACGGAACAGCAACCGCCACCAACACCGACCAUCAACGCUAGCAUUUCCUCGUCACUGGCACUCAUGAUUCCAACACACAAGUAUCAUAAGAAGAAGAAGAAGAAAGGUGACCAUGUGGUUUCAGAUGAUGGUGAUAGGGAUGAAGGUGACACAUGUGCAGUGUGCUUGGGAGAUUUUGAGGAUGGUGAAGAGUUGAGAACGUUGCCUGAAUGCAUGCACUCUUUCCACGUACCUUGCAUUGAUAUGUGGCUCCAUUCACAUUCAAGUUGCCCCAUUUGCCGUGCCUCUGCCACGCCUUCGCCGGCGGCGCUCCACCACUUGCCGGAUUUCGGUCCCCCUGAUUUGAAUGCACAUCACAGCAUUGAUGUGAUGGAAAUUGGUCUUGUUCAAAGUGGGUUGCCACCACGGUGA